AUGGAUGCGCCCUCAGAAGAAUUGGAUAAAAGGGCACGAUUUGGCAUCAAAGCCUUUGUGUUAUGUGAAUCUGACACUGGGUAUGUUAGUGAGAUUGUCAUCUAUACAGGGAAAGAUGCUAACCAAACAAUUUCAAAAGGCCUAGCAGAGAAAGUAGUUUUGAAGCUCACUGAAGGCUACCAAGAUGUAAAUCAUCAUUUGUACUUGGACAAUUAUUACACCAAGGCUUGGUUGCUCAAAUCCUUAGAGGAAAAGGGAAUUUAUGCAAGUGGAACAGCCAGAGUGGACAGAAGCGGAUUUCCGAAGGAAAUAGUGAUUGCAAGUAAAAGAGGAAAAGAUCGUGGAUAUUCAGAUUGGAGAAUGAAUGGAAGUAUUUUGACCACAUCAUGGCUUGACAACAAAGGGGUACAUUUUUUGUCUACAAUACAUGAGCCAGAAUACAAAGAUGAUAUCCAGGAUAAAGAAAAAGUUGUGAAGCGCCGUGGUAAAAAAGGACACACGGGAGCAGUUGAAAUACCUUGCCCACCUAUUGUGCAGCCAUAUAACAAGAAAAUGGGUGGUGUCGAUUUUUGCGAUCACGUGAUCAAAUUUUACAACAUUGGAAGAAGGUCAAGAAAAUGGUACAGGAGGGUGCUUUUCCAUAUUCUUGAGCUGUGCAUACAUAAUGCAUUCAUCUUGGGAUCAUGCUUCAUCCCUCAUGAAGUUGGCAAGAAAACUCCCAAGCGUCAAAACUUUCGUGAGGAGCUGAUAGAGUUGCUGAUAGGGCAAUACCGUGCAAGAAAGCGCACUGUAGGUCGUCCAUCUGUAGCACAUGAAAAUGAGCUCAGAUUUCAGAAUGUAGGAGUACAUCUGCCUGUGUACAACACAGACAGAAAAGACUGCCAAUUAUGCAAAGAAACUGUGAAGUCAAGCAGAGGUGGAAAGAUUGGCAAAAUUGAUCGACGUGCUGCAGGGGUUCAUGUAACAUACAUAUCCUGUGAGAUGUGCAAU